GCUUUUCUUCUUCAUCUAAUAUAUACCCAGCUAGACGAUUGGAUUUUGCUCUUUCAAUCAAAAAUAUUGGGACAAUAAGGAUUUCCAUAGCAAACAAGCAAUACGAUUGAUUUUAUACUACUUUGGAGGAAUCCUACAUUACUAUCUUUUUUACAAAGUACAUAAAAAAAGAAAUCAUAUCAAGAUUCUUUGAACCAACGGAAUUCAAGAGCCUAAUCUUAUUACCAGGCGUAAAUCCUUAGUCCAGCCUUACAGCUGCAGAGACUAUCCAGCUAAUCAACCCACCUUCAAGAGCAAACAAACCAAACGAGCCAAAAAGCUUCCAAUUCCACCAAACAUAUCUACCUACUCAACCUAAGAAUCAUCUCAUAAUACGAAGUUCAACAUCAAAAUGUCAUCUACACCUACAUUGAUCGGCAUGCCCGAACCGCAAUCAAAUGUUGACACUCCAACCGAUGCACCAGGAACUCCCAACUCGACCACCACAUCCCUCUCCGCUCUCUCCACAACCGCCAUCAAAGAUGGACAUCGCGGCUCCGCCCACCCUACCGCAAGUUCGCACCACCAACACACCCUCUCUAGUAACACUCUCGAAGCACAACGCGCGGAUCGAAUUUCCCGUCUCGCAGGACUAGAACGAGUCACCACGGCGACCCCUCAAAACCCCAGCGGUAACACCUCUGUCCCCGCAGCCGGUCAGAUCCCAGGCUAUUUCGAUCAAGCCGGAAACCCCGUCUACACAACCCGUAUGUCUACCGUCGGCUCUGCAUCAGCAACGGGAUCUCUCACCGGCCGAACGACUACGUGGGCAUCUAACAGCACAAAAGGGCAAACAGAAGCUGAUGACGAUGAAAUGAGCACGGAUAACAACUUUCGGGAAAUCGAUGAUCGGGAUCGAUUUUCCGCAUCUGCCAUGGAUGAAGAAGGCAACGAGGAUGGGAUGAGUGACGAUACGAGCUUAGUCGGGUUUGGCGAAGGAGCCGGAAGUACCGUCAGCGGACCAAUAUACAGCCGGAGUAACGUCCUCGCGAGUCCUCUCGCCGUAGGAAAAAGCGGUCUAGCUAAAGAAGUAUCAAGCAGCAGUCCCGGAACCCCCAUCAGCGCAUCGACAUCCACAACCACCGAGCAGCAGAAACGCGAUGCGAGAAUGCUAGAUGGAAUCACAGAUGAUAACACCAGUGGAUAUGUAGACACGGCUGCGCGGGGUCAGGGGGUAGGAAUUGCCGGAAAUCGCAAUUCGAGCGGCUCGGGACUGGGCACGGGAGUAGGUGCCGAAGCUGCAGAAAAGAUUCUGAAGGAGAGAAUUGACGAUAGUCCUUCUGCGGCGAGUAGACCACCGCUUGGUAGUCCCGACCAAGCUGGCCUUGGCAAGUUCUAUUUCGAGGAAAAGAAGUAAGAUACCAAAGAAAAUUGCUAUUAAGAAUUGCGGGAUGUAGUACAGAGUGCAUCGAAUUCCCCAAAGUGAGGGUCGUUCAAUCUUGGCGGGCGUUGACGUGUUACCCUUUUUCUUCUUCUUUUUUUCUGUGUAUGGGUUACCUAUGAUUUAGGCUGGGCUGGGCUGGGCUGGGCUGAUAGCGGACGGGUUGGGGAUAUGGAGGGAGGGAGGGAGGGGUUCUGGUAAGAUUAUUAGGUGGUUGGUUGGUCAGACAGGCUUCUUCUCACGAUAUGCUGCGUAAGAUGAUACCAUAUUUAUGAUGAAUGAAUUGAAUUAAUUCACGAACAAAUGAAUAAAUGAAUGA